AUGUUGCGCCUGCUGUGUCUGACCCUCCUCUUUGUUGGGUGUACCGCUGCUGGAACCCCAGAACCUGUGUCUGAGGAUGUACUGGUGGGCAUCGUGGGGGGUAACAGCGCCCCGCAGGGGAAGUGGCCAUGGCAGGUCAGCCUAAGGAUCUACAGCUACUACACAGCCUCCUGGGUGCACAUCUGUGGGGGCUCCAUCAUUCACCCACAGUGGGUGCUGACUGCUGCCCACUGCAUUCACAAGAGAGAUGCUGACCCAUCAUCCUUCCGGAUCCAUGCUGGGGAUGUUUACCUCUAUGGGGGCAAGGAGCUGCUGAGAGUGAGCCAGGUCAUCAUUCACCAGGACUAUGUGAAUGGUAUCCUGGGUUCAGAUGUGGCUCUGCUCCGGCUGGAGAAACCCCUGGACUGCUCUGCCAACAUCAAGCCUGUCAAACUGACCUCUGGGUCUCUCAAGGUCACCUCAAGGUACCCAUGCUGGGUGACUGGCUGGGGCAUGACCCACAUGUUCGCGUCACUGCCACCUCCCUACCGCCUGCAGCAGGUUCGGGUGAAGAUAGUGGACAAUGCUGUCUGCGAGCAGCUCUACCACAAUGCCACCAGGCACCGCAACCGUAACUAUAAAUUCAUCCAGGAUGACAUGCUGUGUGCUGGCAGCGAAGGCCGUGGGGCCUGCUAUGGUGACUCAGGUGGCCCCCUGGUCUGCAGGGUGGCAGGCUCCUGGAACUUGGUGGGAGUGGUGAGCUGGGGCUACGGCUGUGCCCUGAGAGACAUCCCUGGGGUCUAUGCCCGCGUGCAGUCCUUCCUGCCCUGGAUCACUGGUCAGAUGAAGAAGUUCUCCUGA